UAUUCCUCUUUUUAUUUAAAAAGAAAGUUACAAAGGAGGCUAAAACGACGACGUAUAGAAUCAUCCCAUCCAUUUGAUUUGUUCUGUGAGUGCGGCAUUAAAUUUCUUUUUGCUUUUUUCCCUCCAAAAGAACAAUCGCAGCGAAGAAAUGAAAGAAACCGUCCCGCUUUUUCCGCCCAUGGAAGAACAUAACUAGCGUAAAGUAGAUCUUGAUUCGCUCAUUCGUCUUAAAGCUCCGGCCAUCUUCAUGUUUAAUUUUCAGAGAAGUUCUUUCCAAAUCGUUUUCCUAUGGGUUGUUCACAAUCCAAGAUCGAAAAUGAGGAAGUGGUUUCCCGGUGCAAGGAUCGGAAGAUGUUCAUGAAAGACGCCGUCACCGCCCGGAAUUCCUUCGCGGCGGCGCAUUCUUCCUACGCCAUGUCGUUGAAGAACAUUGGCGCCGUUUUGAGCGAUUACGCUCAUGGAGAGAGCCCGCCGGCUCCGUCGUCUCUCCCUGGUGCCGCCGUUGCUCAAUCGGCUGCAGCGGCGGCGUCGUAUAAUAGUUUGCCUCCGCCGCCGCCUCCGCUUCCUGGUUCCCCAGGUAUGCCGCUUCAACCAGCUACGAGUAUGUUUGAAAUGAAGGCCUCGAAGGUUGAGUCGAAGCGUGUGGAGACGGUUAUUGAGGAGGUGGAUGAGAAAGAUUUUGAGAUUGAAUGCGCCGUUGGUCCAUUGCGUAGGAGGAGAAGCAAUAUAGACGGUGGUGGGCGUGGUGGUAGAACUGGCCAUGGGGAGCUUGUGGAAGAAGAAAACAGUCCGCCUUCGCGAUUGCCGCCUUCACCGAAUCGGCUUCCGCCUCCGACCGAAAACCGCCACAUUUACGCCCCGUCGCCUAAGGAUUCGACCUACGAUUAUCUGUUUUCGGUUGAAAAUAUGCCGGCUCCGACGUUGAGCGGCAUUGAGGAUUUUGAUAACAAUAUGGAGGCGGUGGAGCGGAGAGCGGUUACAGGGGAGAAAUCUGGUGAAGAGCCGCUGUCUUCUUCGGCGGAGAAAACGUCGAAGAAGACGAGGCAAGUAGGUUUUCCAGGUCCAAGCGAGGGGAAAAGGAUUGUUAAAGGGAAUAUCAAUCUUCUACAGAUCUUCAUGGAGCUUGAUGAUCAUUUUCUUAAAGCCUCUGAAAGUGCUCAUGAGGUUUCGAAGAUGCUCGAGGCCACUCGGCUUCAUUUCCACUCAAACUUUGCCGAUAAUCGAGGACAUAUAGAUCAUUCUGCUAGAGUGAUGCGUGUUAUCACAUGGAACAGAUCAUUUAGAGGCUUACCAAAUAACGAUGAAUUGAAUGAUGAUUUUGAAAAAGAGGAGCAUGAAACUCAUGCCACUGUAUUGGAUAAACUGCUUGCCUGGGAGAAGAAACUAUUCGAGGAAGUGAAGGCAGGUGAAGUUAUGAAGUUGGACUACCAAAAGAAGGUUGCUGCUCUGAACAAGCUGAAGGAAAAGGGCACCAAUUUUGAAGCAAUCGAGAAAGCCAAGGCCACUGUCAGCCAUUUGCACACCAGAUACAUUGUGGACAUGCAAUCCAUGGAUUCCACCGUCUCUGAGAUCAACCGCAUUCGAGAUGAACAAUUGUAUCCCAAACUUGUUCAGCUUGUCAAUGGAAUGGUCAAUAUGUGGGAAACCAUGCAUUUUCACCAUGGAAACCAAUUGAAGGUUGUGGCUGCUGUGAAAAUGCUGGAUAUCUCUCAGUCGCCAAAGGAAACAAGCGACCACCACCAUGAGCGCACGGUGCAGCUUCGGGCUGUGGUGCAGGACUGGCAUUCUCAAUUGGAGAAGCUUGUAAGCCGUCAAAGAGAUUACAUUAAGGCUCUAUCAAAUUGGUUGAAAUUGAAUCUGAUCCCUACUGAAAGCAGCUUGAAGGAAAAGGUUUCUUCUCCUCCAAGGGUCCGCAGCCCACCAAUUCAUGGGCUCCUCCAUGUUUGGCAGGAGCAGCUGGAGAAGCUUCCUGACGAGAUCCUAAGAAACGCCAUAUUCACUUUUGCAACGGUGAUCAACACAAUUAUGCAAAGCCAGGACGAAGAGAUGAAGAUGAAGGUAAAAUGUGAGGAGACAGAGAAGGAGCUUUCCCGGAAGACCAAGCAAUUCAAGGACUGGCAGAAGAAGUAUGUGCAGCGGAAGGUGCCGAGUCCCGGUGAGGAAAACCCAGAAGAAAUUGGUGAUAAUGAUGCAAUUGCAGAGCAACAAGCGGCGGUGGAGGCUGUAGAGAAGAGACUGGAGGAGCAACGGGAAGAGUACCAAAAGCUAAGCGUCCAUGUGAGGGAAAAGUCCUUGGGGAACCUAAAAAACCAGCUGCCAGAGCUUUUCAGAGCAUUGUUUGAGUUCUCUCAUGCAUGUUCACGAAUGUAUAGGCACUUGAAAUCAAUAUCGCAGCCAUUGCCCAACGGCACAAGGAGUUCAAACAUGAACAUGAACACAGGGGAAGCAAGAUAAAGGUGUUUCUCUUGAUUCUUCUUGCUUGUUUAUUUUCAAAAACAUCACAACUUAUUUCAGCUAUAUAUAUAUAUAUACAACACAUACAUAUGCAUAUAAAUUUAGACACAAAUUUCAUAGGUCAUUAAACCAUGUGGGGUUUUGAUGAAAAUCCCGAUCGGCUAACCCACUUAUACUCUCCAUGAUGAAAUCUACAUCUGAAAGAACCUGGAUGGGUGGUAGGCGAGCAAAUACAGUUGUUUCCAUUUCCACCGCCAGUUCUCUGCUUGGGGACGGCCGUCUGUGCCGCCGCUACAAGCGGCCUUCCGUGCAAGACGGUGGCUGUGUAAAGAGGAAUGGCCUGAUAACACAUUUUCUGUAAGUCGGUAUGUUUUGUAGAAGGCUGGAAGACUUGGUAAAGGGGGGAAAAAAGUUGAUUUGGAGUAAUCAUGAAGGGUAAGACUUAUCUUAAAAAGGAGGGAAAGAGAGAGAGAAAGAGAAAGAGAAUGGUCGUUUGUUAGUGCCAACACCUGUCGUUUGGGCACAUGAAAAUCUCACAACUUUCAUCAACUUGGAGGUUGUUUCUUUGUGCACGAAUUUACCAAAGUUUAAACGUCAAUAUAUAUGUAUAUAUAAUUUUGCAAAA